CUCUUUAAUUUUUUGUUUUUCCGCAAAGCAUAACAUGUGAGACUUUCUCUUUAUUGGUUUUUUUAUCAACUAUAUACAUUUAUUUUUAUUUUAACAGAAAUGAACGACAAUUCAGUAGCAAACGAAAGCAGCGAAAAGCUCAUUUUGACCAUCAAUGAGGCCGAGCCCACGAACAGCCCGACCGCAAACUAUGCAGUAAAGCAGUGGCACCAGCUUGUCAUCAGCGUGCUCGUCAAAUACGCAAAGUUCAUGGUCGCACUCCUCAGCCUCAUGCUCCUCGUAACGCUCUACCACUGCACCAUGAACCAGGAUUCUGACAACAACGGGGUCGCCCGAGAUAAUCUGGAACCACUCGCACAUAAUCAAAUCCAGGACUGCCGGGUCAAGGGAUGCGCCGAGGGGAUGCAGUGUAUGCAGGCAGAAAACAACAUUGCAUGCUUUGUGCAGCCUUGCCCCGGUAUCUACGAGUGCAUGCCGGCGAGCGGUGUGGCCAAGGAGAGGGAGAAGGAGGAGGAGGGCGGAGUGUAUUCGAUUUUGCCGAUAAUGCCAGCGGAGGGUGGCGAUGAGGCGGCAGUGGCAGAUGUAAUGAAACUGGCGGUGGGCAAGUUGACCGAGGGCUUCUUUGCUUGUGUGCAGAGCCAUGGCGGGAAGGAGAUGUGGGCGCAUCCGGUGGAAUCGUGCAAUACGUGUAGGUGCACGGCGGCUGGUGCUGUUGCGUGCACCAAGAUGAUGUGCAAGUCUGGGAAUGAAGAUUUCAAGAAGAUGGUUGGAAAAGCCGAAGAGAAGGAGAAGGCCGAGGUGAAAGAGAACAAGGUAGAUGGGAAGACGCUGAUGGCCUUGGUUUCGGUGGAUGGAGCCAACUCUUCACCGAUCUAUGAUUCUGUUGUUUUCAGCGCCUGAGCGCUAAUUUUUUUGUAGUCCCUCAUUUUUGCCAGCCCAAUCUUUUUUGUUGGCCAAAUGCGCAGCCAUACAAUCGACACCCAAAAAAAUAUUUAACCUGUUUGUAAGUAGAAAAAGUAAAAAAAAUCUUCAAAUUCAAAUCCCUUCUCU